UCAAGUAAGAGAAUACAUACCAAAACUAGCAGAACAUUUAAAACCACUAUACAAAAAACUCAAAAAGGAUGUUGAAUAUCAAUUUGACAACAAAGACAAAGAACACAUAAAAAAUAUCAAAAAAUUAUGCAAAAAAAUUACCAAAACUAUAUUUUCCUGAUGAAAGUAAAACAUUUACAUAUAUAAUUGAAACAGAUUCAAGUGACCACAGUUAUGGAGGAGUACUAAAAUAUAAAUAUAACAAAGAAAAGAUAGAACACCAUUACAGGUAUUGCUCAGGAUCAUAUACUGAAGCACAAGCAAAAUGGAAAAUAUAUAGAAAAGAAUUAUUUGCAUUAUAUAAAUGUUUGUUAGCAUUUGAACCAUAUAUAGUUUACAAUAAAUUUAUUGUAAGAACAGAUAACACACAGGUAAAGUGGUGGAUACCAAAAAGAUAGAUGAUUCAGUUACAACAAAAGAAAUAAGAAGAUUAACAUUAAAUAUAUUGAAUUUUACAUUUACAAUUGAGAUUAUUAAAACUGAUGAAAAUCCUAUUGCUGACUACCGCUCAAGAAAGAGAUAUAAUGAAAGAUCUAUUGGCAAUGAUGACAAACCUAUGCUAGAAAAUGGAAAAAAUAGAGACAGAUGUACAAAAUCUGAAAGCUAAUAGUCAGCAACAUGACUCUAAAAAUGCGGAGCUACGUCGUUCGGCAGACGAAAAACAGCUAGAACUAAAAGGAGACGUUGGGAAACUCCUUAAAACCCAUGACAUUACUGAUGUUGCAGGUAAAAGCAAAGGAGCUAUGGAGAAACCUACACCCAAAAACACAAACCUAAAUAGCAUAUUUACCAAACCAUUUACUUUAAAGGUACAAAAAAUAGAUACUUCAGCACCACAAAUAUCUACGUAUGCAGCUAGCCUGCAUAAAGAGAAGAAAACAUAUAACCAUAUAUCCCGAACAUAUAUUGAAAACCUAUACAAGAUACAAAACUUAUUGAAUCAAAAACCCAAAUCUAUCACGACAUUAGAAAAAACCCAAGACUACCUAACCCAAAAACUACAAGAUUAUAACAAGUUAAUUGCACAACCAAAAACUAAUCCAAACCUAGUAAAAACUUGUUAUAACUAUGGAUUAUUAAAUACAGUAUGUACAUAUACAUGUGAAGAAAUAAGUGGAAUCCCAGAUGUCCACAAAGCAUUUUUAAUAUAUAAAAAGAUAACAAAAGGAAACUUAUUUUUCAUAAGAUUCUACACAGCACCAGCGGAGAUACUCUAUGAUGCAAUAAAGCCAAUGAUCCAGAUUGUUAAAAUUGGGCUAACACGGCAAAUGAUAAUCCCAGAAGAUAUAGGCCAACAGCCAGAGAUAACAAGAGUGGAGAUACCCAGUUUCUAUGCCAAUAAAAGGAUAAUUGGAUUAUCAACUAUUAUACAAGAGCUAGCAAAUAACUAUCUACAAGGCAACACCAUAUGGAGCUACUAUUCGAGAGAUCACAUAAUGAUAUAUGCCAAUUUGCGAUAAAUAAGACAAGCAGAUAUGGAAGAA